AUGGGCAUCUGGGACACGUUCACGGACCUGAUUGAGGCGGCGACGCCAUGGAGCGUGGCCGAAGCUGAGGCGGUGGCCGAGCCUGUGCAGGAGGAGACGGCAGAGGAGCCCAAGAAGGCUGAGGCCGAGGCCGAGGAGGAGGCAGAGGAGGCCGAGGAGGAGGAGGAGGAGGAGCUGGUCGACCCCAAGGAGACUUUCGAGGAGGAGUGCCGGAACUCCAAGGAAUGCAGCCCGGCCAAGCACCACUUUGAGGAGUGCGUGGAGCGCGUCGAGAACGGCAGUCAGGAGGACUGCGUGGAGGAGUUCUUCCACCUGACCCACUGCGCGACCCAAUGCGCUGCACCGAAGCUGUGGGCAAAGCUCAAGUAG